UGGAUUGCUGAAUGUAGAGAGGGGGGGCUAUCCAGUGCGAAGAAUGAAGAGGUCAUAUCCAAAGACAACUUGUGCAUUUUGCACACAGAUAAGAAAUCUGAUGCAUCAUCAGGACAGCUGGAGGGAUAUGGGGGUGAAGUGAACAGAGGAAGCCUCGAGACAACUGAGCUGAUCAAUGAUAUUGAGUGUCUGGAGUACACAAAUAGGAAGUUGAUGGAUCAAAAUGCAAAACUACAGAGAACAGUAGAAGGGUUUGAGGAAGCAAAUGUACGGCUGACCGAGGAAAUCUACGAAUUGAAAAACAAACUGAAAAGCUGCCAGCAAAUAACAGUGCACGUAAGAUUACUUGAGAAUGAAUUAGAGGAUUUGAAAACCAUUAUGAAAAAUCUAGAGGACAGAAAUUGUAAGCUGCAGACUCAAAAGCGGCAAUUGGAAAAAGACCAUCAGAAUCUGAGUGCAAGCAUCAGUCAGCUUCAAGAAGAGAAUGGGAAAUUGACAGUUGAGAAAGAGAAUGUACAUUGGAGAAAUGAGGAGCUGCUACUUGAGUUGGUUGACCUGAAGAAUCAGUUAUAUGAAGCCAAAGGACUCAUUUCAGUUAAGGAUGCAUUACUGAGUGAGCUUAUGCGGCAAGAUAUCGAAGAGGAAACUAAAGAACUUCUUCAGAAAAUAAGUUGCCUGUUUUAUAGUAAAAUAAUCUGGGACAUGUACAAAGGGAAUCUAGCUCCACAAUUGACAGCUGUCAUGCAGCAACACCAAACAGAGAUGGAUUCAUACACCAGAAAUGGUGUUAAAAAAGACAAUGGUCAUCCUGCAGCUGAGUAUGUGAAGGCUGAACCACAUCUUCGUCAGAAAAGGGCAGAAAUGAAGGUUGUAUCAGGAGCAGCUAGAAUGGUUGAGUGUGGGACAUCUCCAGAGUAUUAUAAUCUUCACGUUGAUCGAUCCAGUCAGAAAGAGCAUAAUACGAGAUGUGCAACCAGCUCAGAGACGAUGCAAGUUCAGAGAGUUUGUCGGGGUUUAUGUGGCAACAUAGAUCAGCAACAAAGCAAAUUAGAACUGCGUUUUGAAGAGCUAUUUUCGAGUGAGCAAAAGCAUGAAGGAAACAUUUGCAUCAGAUGGAAUGUGAUGCAGACAGAGUUGGCAGCAUCAGCAACUGAUGUGAAACAUGAAGAUCAGCUGGACUCGUCCAUUUGGUUUUGUUCGCAGACUAAGAACUUGUGUCUUGUAAGCUUUUGUUGUUUUUUACUGAUGCUUGUGGCUUAUUCCUGCUUUUUCUCCUUCUUCCCCGGGUGUUGCCAAAGAAUGUAG